AUGUCUCAUAUGCCAGGAUUGAAGUCCGCCACGUCGUUCUCUUCCUCGAGCUCGUUGGCCAGAACUCCAAGUGGUCCGAUGGUGGCAGCUGGCCUCAUCAUGAACAAGAGAGCAGAUGUCAACGAGUCGCUUUACUACAUAUGCCAACGAUUGAUAGCCAAACUCGAGAAGGUGCCCGGUAUGAAGGCCUAUCUGAACCUGGCCUUCUCUUCGGCCGAAGAAUGUUCCGAGCAACAGGCAAUGCUACUAUCCCAAAGGCCAGCAUCAUCUUCCUCACAUCACAACAGUACCUCGAGUUUGGACUCGGAGAUUUCAGUGCGAUCCAAAUGGGAUAGAACAAUGCUCACAUUUAGUGCAGGAAUGCUCCCUGCACAAAUCAACUACGAUCCGGUUACACCAGUGUGGCGACUGUUUCAGCAAGGGGUUCCGCUGUGUUUGAUCUUCAACUCGCUAAAGCCAGAACACUCGAUACCGCUGGUUUCGUCAGAUGAUCUCAAGGUGUGCAAAAUGAACGUUUAUCGCUUUCUUAGCUGUUGCAAACAGUACCUCGAUAUUCGUGACGAAGACCUGUUUCCGAUCACGAGUGUUUUUGCAGACGAUACCAACAACCUGCUGAAGGUAAUUAAGGUGGUGAAUUCGGUGCUUGACUUGGAUCCGCGGUUCACCGCUCCGGAGAUAGAGGAGACCUACAAAGUCACGGAUGCUCGCUCAAAGGUGGUGAAGGAAUUAGUGGAAAGUGAGCGUAAAUUCGUCCAAGAUCUCGAGACGUUACUGCGAUACCGCGACGAUGUCAUGAAACGCGAGCUUAUCAGUUCCGAAGACCUCGGAAUUUUGUUUCCAAACCUGCCAGAAAUCGUGGAUUUCCAACGUCGUUUUCUCGUUGGACUGGAAUGUAAUGCGUCGGUCCCAGAGAAGUACCAGCGGAUUGGGUCUGUCUUCUUGCACGCAGGCGUUCAAGGAUUCAAGAUUUACGACCCUUGGUCAUUGCUUCAGACACAGGCCAUUGAUGUGAUUGCACGGGAAGCCGGCAAUUUGAAGCGUAGUUCGUCUCUGAUAGAUGCCAGUUAUGAACUCCAGAGUUUCCUCAUAAAGCCAGUUCAACGACUGUGCAAAUACCCGUUGCUGCUUCAGCAGCUCUUGAAGCUCACAGACUCAUCCUGGCCCAACUACAACGAAUUAGAAGCUUCUUUGGAAUCCUCAAAGGAAGUGGCUCAUAACGUGAACGAGGCCCAACGCAAAUCUGAGAACGUCCAAUUGGUUAAAGACUUACAAGAGCGUGUGGUCGACUGGCGCGGCCACGGAUUGCUAAACGUUGGUGAGCUACUGUUUUCGAAUACAGUGGUAGUCAAGGAUUUGCUUAGUGAUGGUCCUUCCAGCGAGAAGGAGGUGCACUGCUAUAUGUUUGAGAAAAUCAUAUACUUUUUCAAGGAAAUGGCGCCGAAAAACAAGAUUCUUUCUGCAAGAAAGAAGUCUUCUGCCUCUCUGACCAGUUCAUCUGGCUCGUUAAAUGGAUCUCAGUCAAACCUCUACCUGAAUGGUCGCGUUUUUAUUUCAAAUAUCAAUGUGAUCACUUCAAACGAUGCUGGUUCUUUCGGCGGACCUGGCCGUUACCUCACGAUUAGAUGGAAGGGCACUAAAGAACGUGGUGGAUGUGUGAUAAAGUUCCGGUCAGAAGAACAGCUUGUCAGGUGGGAAGCAGCUCUCAAACGCCUGACAAAAGAUCAGGAGCUGGAUAUGCCGAAGGUGCGCAACCGUGACAAUUCGGGCAGCUCGGAAGGCGAGUAUUUGCCCAAGUUUCCACCGGUUGUCGACUCGCCAAUGGGAAGUGCGCGUUCAUCAGCUUCGUCGAUACAGGAUAGCUUCAAAAUGCCACAUGUACGCCAGAAAUCGGAGGUGAGUCUACUUUCUUACGGUGCUCCAGGACCAUAUAGCGACGAGAAGAAGAAUCGUUCCGUUUCAUCGCCAGCCACACUAGUGGGAUCUUUGGCACAUCACGUUGCCUCAGUGGAGCUCCGCGAACAGGUAAACAUCAAGUUGACGUAUAAGAACGAGAAUGUGCACUUGUCUGUGCAACCACAUGUUGUUUUUGCGGACCUCUUGACGACAUUUUUGAACAAGUUGAGGCUUACAAUUGGCGAUGACCUUAAAGCUGACGAUACUCUCAAGCUCAAGUAUCGUGAUGAAGACGAUGAUUUGAUUCAGUUCCGCAGCGACGAUGACUGGACUGUUGCGAGGGACAUGCUGAACCAAAUUGCCGAUGAAGAGUCUCGGAUUUUGAACAUUGUGGUGACUGUGUGA